AUGGACAAUCCUGUUUAUUUGGAUGAAGAUAUUCCAUUUGUUGAAUCAGGCGAUUAUGAAAUCGACGAAGCAACUGGCACUGGUGGUAAUGGUACAACAACAACACUUUCACAUGGAAAUAUAAUAGCAUUGAAUCAUCAAACACAUCGAUUUCAUGAUGAUUCGAUGUGGACAACGAAUGUGCCAGCUAAACGUGGUCGACGUCCAAAAUCGACUGCUGUCGUUAUCACAACGACAGCACAGAGUAUGGAACCUAAACGGCGUGGUCGAAAACCAAAACAACAAUUAUUAUUAUCAUCAAAUAAAUCUUUAUCAUCAAUUGAUAAUAAUAAAUCAAAUGAUAUUCUGUCAGAAUCAACAGAUGAUAUAAAUCAAAAUCUACAGCGACGUUCAGCAGUAGGAAUAAAAUCAAAUAAAAGAAUGAAAAUCGAAGAGCAACAACUUAUGACUGGAGAAGCGAAUAGUAUGUUAUGCUCGAAACGAACUGGUAAAGUAUCAACUCAACAAGAUACUCCACCAGUUAUCUCAAAUGUGUCAACAAAAUUGAAUCUUGGUACAACUGGUAAUAUUGUUAUAAUGGCAAGUAAAAAUGGAGAGAAUUCAUCCACAAAUAAUAAUCCAACAACAUCGUAUGAUCAAGCAGCUAUAUUACAGGCACUCUGUCAAGCUGGUGUUAAUCCAUUACACCAUGAUCCAACGGGUGAUGAUUCAGAUACAGAUUCCGAUGAUGGAAGUGAAUCCGACGAUGAAUCACUUGAUAGUGACGAUGAAAAUAAUCAAUUAUCGGAUAUAGACGAUGAUGAUGAAGUAGCGCAUUUAAUAAAUAAAAGUUCUAGAGGUCGGCCACGUCGACAAACAAAUAAAAAUGCUAAUAAUAAAAACUCUUCUUCAACACGUCGUUCAGCAACAACAACAACAACAACAACCAAUUCGCAAAUUAAAACAAAACAAGAUAAAAGUGAUACAGAUGAUGAUGACGAUGAUGAUGAUGAUGAUGAUGAAUCAUCAGAUGACGAUGAAGAUCUUGAUGAUUUAGGUGUUGGCAAUGACACAAAUAAUAAUUUAAGUAAUAUUGUUAAUCCACUCGACAAUGACUCAUCAUUAUUAGUUCAAGCUGAUUUUUCUAAUCCUGAUUAUGUUCAAAAUCUUGUAAAACCCCAUCGUAAACGCCGUACACAUUUACCUAUCGAUGAUCAACCAAAAACAAUACGUUGCCCACAAUCAGGUUGUACAAAAAUGUUUCGUGAUACGGCUUCAAUGAAUAAACAUUUACAUACACACGGACCACGUGUACACGUCUGUCAUGAAUGCCAAAAAUCAUUUGUUGAAAGUUCUAAAUUGCGUCGUCAUCAACUUGUACACACUGGUGAAAAAGCAUUUCAAUGUCCAUUUGAAGGAUGUGGAAAACGUUUUUCGCUAGAUUUUAAUUUACGUACACAUGUUCGAAUUCAUACAGGUGAUAAACCUUAUGUUUGUCCAUUUGAUGGUUGUAGUCGUCGUUUCGCCCAAUCAACUAAUCUCAAACAACACCUUCUUACACAUGCAAAAAUUCGUUCACAUCAACCAUUUGCUAUACCAGCUGUUGCUGUUACUAUAACAGAAAUUCAACCUCAUGCUAGUGAAGGACAUCGAUUGCAAGAAGCACCAGUACCGUCGGUUGCUCCUCAAAUUGUACAGCUACAAACCGAUUCUCAAGUAUCUCUAAGAUCCAGUUCUGAUAGUGAAAUAGUAACAAGAGCUGCUGCUACUGUUGAAGCAGCUCAACGACGAGUACAUUCUGAAUUAUUUCCAUUAAACAAUGUGUUCUGUGCUCUCUGUAUUAUUUUAGGUAGUCGAACUACAGAUAGUAUUCGUCGUCAAACUAAACGUGAGCUUGAACAAGAAAAAGAAAUUGACAGUAAAUACAAAAAAGCACGUGAUAUAAAAGAACAUUAUUUUGGCAAUCGAGAGAUGACUGUUGACAGUACACCUGUUGUUGAUUAUACAACAUUACUUUUAUAUGUUCUGAGGAAACUUGUUCCAUUAAAAUACGUUACAGAAUUGUUUCAAGCUAGUAAAUUUAUUUUAUCGGAGAAUCAGGAAUCGAUAAUUUAUGAAGAAAAUUCCAUUAAACAAUUACAACUAUCACAACGUACACUAAGAAAUAGAAACCAAUAA